AUGGUCAUUGCUGACUUUUGGAAUCAUCGCGUCGUCCAAUGGAAGAUGGGUGAUACCGAUGGACAAGUGGUAGCUGGUGGUCGUGGCAAAGAAAAUGAAUUGGAUCAAUUGAAUCAUCCAAUUGAUGUGUCGGUCGACAAAGAGACAGAUAGUUUCAUUAUUUCUGAUCACAUCAAUCGACGAGUUCUACGAUGGUCUCGUCGUAGUAGUAGUACUCAAGGAGAAAUUCUCCUCGACAACAUCAGUUGUUACGCAUUGGCUAUCGAUGAUCAGAAGUAUCUCUACAUCUCUGACCCUCAAAAACAUGAAGUCAGACGAUAUAAAAUGGGAGACAAGAAUGGAAUUGUCGUGGCUGGUGGUAAUGGGCAAGGUGCUAGUCUCAAUCAAGUCAGCGUACCAACUUACAUCUUUAUCGAUCGAGAGCAGUCUGUCUAUGUGUCGGACAGCAACAAUCAUCGUGUGAUGAAAUGGAAUAAAAAUGCAACACAAGGAAUUGUCGUCGCUGGUGGUCAAGGUCAAGGAGAUGCUAUGACACAAUUAUCAUAUCCUCGAGGACUGUUUGUCGAUACGUUGGGUACUAUAUAUGUGGUAGACAGCGGGAAUCAUCGAGUAAUGCGUUGGCCUAAAGGAGCGAGACAAGGCUCUGUGAUCGUGGGUGGAAAUGGUUUAGGAGAAGGAGUCAAUCAAUUAGCUUGGCCUAUGGAUUUGUCCUUCGAUCGACAUGGUCUUCUAUAUAUUGUUGACACUAACAAUCAUCGAGUGCAACGACUUUCUGUCGAACAGAUUCAUUCAUUUGGAUAA